CUUUCUUUCAUUAUAGGCUUUAUCUCCACAACAUUCAUUUAUUAAGCAAGUCAAUGAGCCAUCUCCAAGGUUUUUCAUCACCAUGAAUCGAAGAACAAUGGAGAAGCCUUAUGGCUGCUUCCUUCUCCUAUUCUUUUUUAUCAUUUUUACUAUCAUACAUUCUACAACCGCUCUCACCGAUGAAGAAGCUUCAUUUCUCACAAAACGUCAACUUUUAACUUUACCGGAGAAUGACAAUCUUCUCGACGAUAUAGAAUAUGAAGUCGAUGUAGACCUCAAAUUUGCUAACAACCGACUCAAGAGGGCUUACAUUGCCCUUCAAGCUUGGAAAAAGGCAAUAUACUCUGAUCCCUUCAACACAUCAGCUAACUGGGUUGGUACAAACGUGUGUUCUUAUAAAGGCGUGUUCUGCGCGCCAGCACUUGAUGAUCCAAACAUGAUGGUUGUGGCGGGAAUUGAUAUGAACCAUGCAGAUAUAGCUGGAUAUUUGCCUCAUGAACUAGGUCUGUUGACUGAUGUCGCCUUGUUUCAUAUUAAUUCCAACAGAUUCUGCGGCAUUAUCCCAAAAAGCUUGUCAAAACUGACAUUAAUGUAUGAAUUCGAUGUGAGCAACAACCGUUUUGUUGGUCCGUUCCCGAUAGUUGCACUCUCUUGGCCAUCUUUGAAGUUCCUUGACGUGAGAUACAACGAUUUUGAAGGGAAACUUCCCCCAGAGAUCUUUGAUAAGGAUCUCGAUGCUAUUUUCUUGAACAACAAUAGAUUCGAGUCGAUCAUCCCUGAGACAAUCGGUAAAUCGACUGCUUCCGUCGUGACCUUUGCGCAUAAUAAAUUCAGCGGUUGCAUCCCAAAAACCAUUGGUAAGAUGAAGAAUCUCAACGAGAUUAUGUUUAUAGGGAAUAACUUGAGCGGUUGUUUCCCUAACGAGAUUGGAUCGUUGAACAAUGUGACUGUGUUUGAUGCGAGCAAGAAUGGGUUUGUUGGAAGUUUACCGUCAAGCUUGUCACUCUUAGAUAAUGUGGAACAAAUGGACUUCUCAUACAAUAAGCUCACUGGAUUUGUUCCGGACAGUAUUUGCAAGCUGCCAAAGUUGUCAAAUUUUACAUUUUCUUAUAACUUCUUCAAUGGAGAAGCGCAGAGUUGUGUUCCUGGGAAAAGUCAAGAUAAACAGUUUGAUGAUACAAGCAAUUGCUUACAGAACAGACCACAACAAAAGUCGGCUAAAGAAUGUUUACCAGUGGUUAGUCGUCCUGUGGAUUGCAGCAAGGACAAGUGUGCCGGUGGUGGCGGAGGAGGAGGCUCAAAUCCAACACCUAAUACACCAAAAACACCAGAGCAUAAACCGGAGAUUAAUACACCAAAAUUACAAGAACCUUCUAAACCAAAUCCAAAGGAAUCUCCCAAACCACAACAACCUAGUCCAGAACCUGAGACAGAGCCUUCUAAACCAAAAGAACCUAAACCAGAAACACCAAAACACGAUUCACCGAAACCAGAACAGCCAAAGCCUAAGCAUGAGUCACCAAAACAACAACCACCAAAACAAGAAGAAUCUCCUGAACCAGAUAUGACAAAACCUGAAGAGUCACCUAAGCAUGAACAAUCACCAAAAACAGAAACACCAAAAAUUAGGUCGCCGCCAAUGGAACCACCGGUCACAGACGAUCCUUAUGACGCAUCUCCCAUAAAAAAACGUCGUCCUCAACCACCGUCAACAGAAGAAACACCACAAUCAUCACCAGUACACUCCCCACCACCACCACCUCUUGUAUUUUCUCCUCCUCCUCCAGUCCAUUCUCCUCCACCACCACCAGUUCAUUCCCCACCGCCUCCUGUAUUUUCACCUCCUCCACCACCAGUUUAUCCCCCACCACCUCCGGUAUACUCUCCUCCUCCACCACCACCAGUCCUCUCUCCUCCCCCACCAGUUCAUUCACCACCACCACCAGUCCAUUCACCACCACCACCAGUUCACUCUCCACCACCACCAGUCCAUUCUCCUCCCCCACCAGUCCAUUCACCACCACCACCCCCACCAGUUUUCUCUCCACCACCACCUGCACCUAUCUACUCUCCUCCACCUCCUCCACCAGUCCACUCUCCACCACCUCCGAUGUAUUCUCCACCGCCUCCAGUUCAUUCUCCGCCUCCUCCAGUCUACACUCCACCACCUUCAUCACCGAUAUAUUCUCCUCCUCCAGCUUUCUCACCACCACCAAAACCAGCAACACCUUUACCACCGGCAACAUCUCCAAUGAUAAAUGCUCCAACACCUUCAUCAGAAAUAGAAGAAGAAUCAUCGCCGGUUCAAGCACCAACUCCAUACUCUAAAACCAUCGAAGCACCAUCAGAAUCAGAUCAUUCACCAGUGUUCAAAUCGUCACCCGCUCCAGCACCUUCAUCAGAAAUAGAAGAAGAAUCAUCGCCGGUUCAAGCUCCAACUCCGGACUCUGAGACCGUCGAAGCACCAUCAGAAUCAGAUCAUUCACCAGUGUUCAAAUCAUCACCCGCUCCAACACCUUCAACAGAAAUUGAAGAAGAUUCAUCACCGGUUCAAGCUCCAACUCCAAACUCUAAGACCAUAGAAGCACCAUCAGAAUAUGAUCAAUCACCAGUGCUCAAUUCAGCUCCUGCUCCUACACCAAUCUCCGAGCCGAAUCAUACUCCAACUCCACUUUCCCAACCAGAUAUAUCUCCAGUUCCUUCAGAAGAACAAAUCGAAGCACCAUCACCAUCAACACAAGAAGUAAAACCACCAGUUACAACAUCAACGCCACCAAAAAAUAAUGACGGUGGUGAUGAUGAUUUCAUCCUUCCACCAAAUAUAGGAUUCCAAUACGCAUCGCCACCACCACCAAUGUUUCCUGGUUACUAAACCAACAAUUUUAAAUAUUUUUCAUUUUGGUUUAAAUUUUUCCAACUAAUCAAAUCUGAAACAAACAAAAAAAAAACAUUUGAAAAUUUAACCAGUAUAGUAAGUAGAUGAGUUUGUGAAAUUUCCAAAAUGAUUUGUAACCAGUAUUGUAAUUCUGUGUCUAUAGUGUA